GCUCAGUACAGCGGUGACCCAAAGACUGAAUGGCACCUGAACACCCACCCCACCAAAGAAUCCCUGCUGAAUGCUGUUGCCAACUUGCCAUAUAAAGGAGGAAACACCAUGACAGGAAUGGCUCUGAACCAUAUUCUCCAGUACAACUUCAAACCCAACGUGGGGUUGCGUCCAGACUCCCACAAAAUCAGCAUCCUGAUCACUGAUGGAAAGUCACAGGAUGAAGUCAUCUUAGCUUCACAGAACCUGAGAGACAGCGGCAUCGAGCUCUAUGCUAUCGGUGUAAAAAACGCUGAUGAGUAUGAGCUGAGGUCCAUCGCCUCUGACCCAGAUGACAUUCACAUGUACAACGUCUACGACUUCCAGUUCCUGGUGGACAUCAUUGACAAACUCUCUGUCAACCUGUGUAACAGUGUUAAGGGCUCAGAGGCACCCACCAAUCUGGUGACCUCAGAGGUGACACAGAGCUCCUUUCGUGCCACCUGGACUCCACCCAAUGGCACCGUGGAGAAAUACGAUGUCACUUACAUGAUGACAGCUGGGGAACGCAUUGAGAAGGUGAGAUUAAACUCUCCCCCUCAUGUUAGUUUGAAACAAGAGAAUGAAAGUUUCUGA